AUGUGGUGGCAGAGGGGAGGGAGGGGCGGCCAGAUUCUGAGUUCUGUUCCUCCUUUGGCCCCAAAUGCCAGAGGAAUUGGCCUUAGCAAGGCGUUCCACCGGGAGAACGAGACCAGCCUGCCUUAUGCAGCCGGGUUCCCUGACCCACGACGGGGCCUUUCUUGCAGGCCCAAGAACUCGAAGCAGCCGGAGCGGGAGGAGAAGCGGGUCCUUGGCCUGGUGUUACUCCGAGGAGAGAACCUGGUGUCCAUGACGGUUGAGGGGCCGCCCCCGAAAGAUCCAGCAGCCGGGUUCCCUGACCCACGACGGGGCCUUUCUUGCAGGCCCAAGAACUCGAAGCAGCCGGAGCGGGAGGAGAAGCGGGUCCUUGGCCUGGUGUUACUCCGAGGAGAGAACCUGGUGUCCAUGACGGUUGAGGGGCCGCCCCCGAAAGAUACAGGCAUUGCUCGUGUCCCCCUGGCUGGAGCAGCGGGAGGCCCUGGUGUUGGCCGAGCUGCUGGGAGAGGCGUCCCGGCAGGAGCACCCAUGCCUCAGGCCCCUGCGGGCUUGGCAGGUCCUGUGCGUGGGGUUGGUGGACCCUCACAGCAAGUGAUGACCCCUCAGAGUCGAGGGACAGUGGCUGCAGCCGCCGCUGCAGCUACGGCGAGCAUUGCAGGAGCUCCCACCCAAUACGCACCAGGCCGUGGAGGUCCUCCUCCGCCCAUGGGCAGGGGUACCCCACCCCCAGGAAUGAUGGGACCCCCUCCUGGCAUGAGACCACCAAUGGGCCCUCCGAUGGGCAUGCCCCCAGGCCGAGGCUCACCAAUGGGCAUGCCACCACCUGGGAUGCGGCCGCCGCCUCCUGGGAUGCGAGGUCCCCCUCCUCCUGGCAUGCGCCCACCCAGGCCCUGAAAUUCGGUUGGAAGGUGCUGUUUGCAGGAGUUGGAGUUCUCAAUCUGUUUCGUUCAGCUCAAGAUAGGGGGAGUGAUGAGCGGGUGGGGGAUUGCCUGCGUGCAUGUUUUCUAUAGCUUGGUUGUUGUAUUGCCCUUUAUAAUAAAGACUAGGAUAUUUUUUUUGGUUA